GGCUCGAGCAGCCCAGGUUCAGGGCUGGCCCAGCCUCGACCGUGAGGUCUCGGCUCGCUCUCGGCUCGUUGCCUGUCUGGUUGGCUCCAGCCCAGCCGGGCCCGCACGUCUGACCAUGGGGCAGGGCCAGUCGAGCGACGCCGAGAGGAAGGCGAAGAAGGAGAAGAAGGAGAAGAAGGAGAAGAAGGCGGAGGAGGAGAAGCAGGAGAAGAAGGAGGAGAUCUCCUCCAAGAAAACCCUCCUGGACGAGCCCAUCCUGGACGGUCUACCGAUCUGCGUGCCCCAGAUCCUCAUGCCGCGGGCGGACAUCUCGCUCGACAAGUGGGCCACCGUGGCCUGCGACCAGUUCGAGUCGGAGCCGCAGUACUGGAAGGAUGUGGCCGAGAACGCGGCGGGCCAGCCCGCCGCGGUGAACAUCAUAUUUCCAGAGGUGUAUUUGGCAUCCGUGACUGGUGCCGAUCCGUCUGAGGACACCAAGCGCAUCGAGGAGAUCGGCAAGACCAUGAAGCAGUACGUCGCCGACGGGGUCUUCCGGGAGCGGGCUCCCGCGUUCCUGGCGCUCGACCGCAAGACGGAGCAGGUGCCCACCCGCAAGGGCCUCAUCAUCGGAGUCGACCUGGACGAGUACAACUACAACUGCCCAGAGCCCACGCUCAUCAGGCCCACCGAGAAGACCAUUGUGGCCCGUCUGCCCCCUCGCAUCGCCAUCCGGAAGGACGCGCCCCUGGAGCUGCCCCACAUCAUCAUGAUCAUCGACGACCCCGAAAAGACCGUGCUCGAGCCCCUCUUCACCACCGAUGGGCUGACCGAGCCAGAGUACGAGUGCGAGCUGUUCAAGGGCGCUGGAGCCGUCAAGGGCUUCAAGGUGACGCCCAAGGGUACGGAGCACGUAGCCGCAACCAUGAAGGCGCUGGCCGCGAAGGAGUAUGCGGCCGCGGAAGCUGCGGGACGCAAGCCGUCCACGAUCUUGAUCGGCGAUGGGAACCACUCCCUGGCUACUGCUAAGUCCUGCUGGGAGCAGCUGAAGACGCAGGACGGCAUCGACAAGGAGCGCCAUCCGGCGCGCUACGCGCUAGUCGAGCUGCAGAACUUGCACGACGACGGCGUGGUUUUUGAGCCGAUCCACCGCAUUUUGGAGGGCGCCAGUCCCGAUGACAUCCAGUCCACCCUGGAGAAGGCAUGGGGCUGCACCGCGACGCCGUUCGAAGCGCCGCAGCCGAUCCACUCUGUGGUGAUCGUCCGGCCGGAGGGCAGGUUCACCCUGGUGCCGCCCGCGGAUAAGCUCCCCAUCGUCUCCAUGACCGAGCCGAUGGACGAGUUCGUCGCCGAGCACCCCGAGGUGAAGAUCGGCUACGUGCACGGCGAGGAGCCGGUGGACGAUGCCGUGAAGGAGGGCAAGGCCGUGGGGCUGCUGCUGCCGAAGCUGGACAAGUCACGGUUCCUGGAUACCGUCCACGCCAUCGGCACUCUGCCGCGCAAGGCAUUCAGCAUGGGCGAGGCUAACGAGAAGAGGUUCUACAUCGAGGCGCGCAAGAUCCUCCUGACCGAGGACGCUGCGGAAUCCCCCACUGCGGCCAAGAAGAAAAAGACCAAGAAGGUCAAGGUCAAAAGGGGGAUGAAGGGGUGCUGCUGAGGCCUCACCAGGGCCCUCCGUGGAGGCUGGGCUCCACAGCCGAGGGCGUUUUUGUAUGCACGUUUUGUCCCGCGGUUUGCCUCUCCCCUCUCCCUCUGGUGCGCACUUCCUCAUUCUUGUCAGUUUCUCCCCCCUCCGCCUAGCCCCACUCCGUUGUCCACAUCUGCUGGCGCUUUCCUGGCCAUGGGGUCUGGGUCUGGGGCACUGUGCAGUUUGUGGCGCGUGAAGCAGUAGGGCGGUGGUGCUAAAGUGCACUCCCGUGGCGUUCUCUCCUUUGCCUGGCACUGCCGUUUUUUCGAGACACCUGAGAGUUGUGAAGCAGGUGUUUUGGUACACCAGGCCUUUUGAUCUUCCUCCCGCGCAUUCAGCGUAUGCGGUGCGAAAUCUUGCGCGCAGCCCCGGGACCUACAAAUCGAUUUUGCACCUGCCAGCGUGGGCGUGGAUCCCUAUGCCCUGAGCUUGACUCGCCCGCACGUCUGCCUGACACGUCUGUUGAGGGUAGGUGAAGGAGGAGGAGGAGGAUCUGCUCAGUCAUCAGGCGCCCGCCAGAGCAGCCACGCGUGUUGUGUUAUUGAGCAGGUUUUUUUAAGCCAGUCUGCGCCGUCGCGUCACGGCUGGUCGGCCGCACUCAGCGCUCCGCCUAUGUCUAAGUCUGCGGACGGAUCCAUGGUACUAAUGCGAUGCUCUCGACGACCCUCCUCUUGGCCCGUGCAGGUCGGAUGGUAAGAAACAACAAA